AUGCGGCCAGCUCCCAAUACACUCAUGCGCCCCACCCGACUCGAUAACGUCUGUCGCCAAUGCAUCCGUCAAGCCUCAAGUGCCCCGCGAGGCGGCAUCAUCCCGUUGCCUCUGAUCCCGCGGCGCGCCGCCUCGACGACGGCACCCAAGGCCGCGCCCGCCGUCCGUCUUAGUGCCAGCUACUUCCUCCCCAACAGCGUCCUCGACCGCGCCAAUGUCCGACCCCGACCAUUGGGCAGCCGGAGCUCCUCGGCUUCCGUUGCGCCGUCCUCCUCUUCCUCCAACGUGCGUUCCGAGCCGACGACGCCCCUCGACGUGAACCACGAACUCCCACACCGUCGCCGACAGGCCGCGAAGCGCAAAGCCGCCGAAGCCGCCGCCGCCGCCGCCGCCACAUCCUCCGAAGUGCCUCUUCCUCAAGAUGCAUCCUCCGCCCUGACGACCGUCGCCGCUCAGCAGCCCGCUCAUUCCGCUCGCCGCAUCUUCUCAACCCUCCUCUCCCUCUCCAAGCCCCGACUCUCGGCGCUCGUGGUCCUGACGGCCAUGGCAUCCUACGCCCUAUAUCCCGUCCCUAGCUUCCUCACGCCCGCUAUCACCGAGUCACCCUCGCUCAGCCCGUUGACGCUGCUCUUCCUGACCACCGGCACCGCCCUGUGCUCCGCCUCGGCCAACUCCCUCAACAUGCUCUACGAGCCCGCGACCGACGCCAAGAUGUCUCGCACACGAAACCGCCCCUUGGUCAGGGGACUGCUCACGAAGCGGGCAGCCGUGCUCUUCGCCGUCACGACGGCUCUGACGGGCGUGGGCGCGCUGUACUUCGGCGUCAACCCGACUGUCGCCUUCCUCGGAGGUGCCAACAUUGUCCUAUACGCCGGCAUGUACACUCCGAUGAAGGCCUUCAGCGCCGCCAACACGUGGAUCGGCGCUGUAAUCGGCGGCAUCCCCCCUCUCAUGGGCUGGGCCGCCGCGGCAGGCGAGACCGCUUCAGGAGAUGGGUCUUGGCGCGAGCUGCUCCUCGCCAGCGACGGCAGCUCCAUCGGCGGCUGGCUCAUGGCCGGGCUUCUCUUCGCCUGGCAGUUCCCCCACUUCAUGGCGCUUUCGUGGCCCAUUAGGGAAGAGUACAAGGCGGCGGGACUCCGGAUGCUUGCCUGGACCAAUCCGGCCCGCAACGCGCGCGUGGCUCUCCGUUACAGCAUUGCCUUCAUCCCUCUGUGCGUGGCGCUCUGCGCUGCGGGCGUUACGGAGUGGAGCUUCGCCGUGACGAGUUUGCCCGUCAACGUCUGGUUGACGCGGGAAGCCGUGCGGUUCUGGAAGUACGAGGGCCACAAGGGCUCGGCGAGGGGCCUGUUUUGGGCCAGCGUCUGGCAUCUGCCUGUCGUUAUGGUGUUGGCGCUGCUUCAGAAGAAGGGCAUGUGGAGCCGUGUGUGGAACAGCAUCUUCGGCGAAGAUGAGGAUGAGUGGGAAGAUGAGCUAGAUGAGAUGCCUGUCGCUAUGCCGACGCCACGGGGCAGCUAA